GUGAAAGCCGCCCUGGCCUCCAGGAAGCAGAGAUAAGGGGGCAGAAGGAAGCAGCAGGCCGGGGGGAGGGACAGGGCUUUGUGGAGGAGCAGGGUCAGGCUGCGGACCCUGCGCUGGAAAACCAGUGACAAAUCUCCAACAGCCCACCGCGCCUCAUCCCACAGAGGCCAGGAGGUGUGGAGGCUUGGCGGGGCGCCCGGCUACUAGCUCAGAGGAAACAGCUUUCAGGGAAGGAAACACAUUUCUUCAGGCCCCAUUUUGGAGGGACCAAACCAAGCCCGGGAGGCAGACCUGAGUGGAAGGUAGGUGAGGACAGUGGGAGGUGCAGCGAUGCCGCUGGAGCUGUUUCUGGACCUGUACUCGCCCCCGUGCCGUGCAGUCUACAUUUUUGCCCGGAAGAAUGGCAUUCCCUUCGAGCUGCGGCCUGUGGAGCUAGGACUGGGGGAGCACCUGAAGCCUGAAUUCCUGAAGGUGAACCCCCUGGGGAAGGUACCUGCUCUCAAAGAUGGGGACUUCCUGCUGGCGGAGAGUGUGGCCAUCCUUUUAUACUUGAGCCGCAAGUACCGGGCGGCGACCCACUGGUACCCAACCGAGCUGCAGGCCCGUGCACGUGUGGACGAGUACCUGGCGUGGCAGCACACGGCCGUCCAGCUGCCUGCUUGCAACGUCUACCUGUGUAAGUCCCUCCUGCCCCAUUUCUCGGGGCAGCCUGUGGACCCCGUGCAGCUAGACCGGCUGUUGGGGAAGCUGAAACCAGCUCUGCAGCACCUGGAUGGGCAGGUCCUGGCCACCAAGCCCUUCCUGGCCACCGAGCAGCUCUCCCUAGCGGAUCUGAUGGCAUUCACAGAGCUGAUGCAGCCCACUGCUGUUGGCUGCGACAUCUUCCAAGACUGGCCCCAGCUGGCAGCGUGGCGAGCCCGAGUAGAGGCUGCUCUGGGCCCUGAGCUCGUCCAGGAUGCCCACAGGCUUGUGCUACAGCCUCGGGACCCCCGAGACGCCCAGCGGGACCCCAAGCUGGCCCAGGAGCUGGUGCAGAGACUGCUGGAGCGGCUCAGCUGAGAGGGGUACGGCCGGGCCCGCUCCCCUGCACUCUCCUGCCACAAUAAACAUGCUGUGUGCCCUCCA